AGUCAUGCUGCUGUGUGCGAUGGGUGCUGGGCCUGCAGACCUCGGUGCUUUGAAGGCCCCACUGCCAAGCAUAAGACGCCCCUUUUGUCCUCGUCAGGCUCUCUGGUCCCCGGGAGUGGAUUUGGGGACUGCGAGUGCCAGGCACACACUGUGUCCCUGAGGGCUGGUCACCCACCCAGGCACACCCGUGGCCCUGAGCCAGCACAGCCUGACGCCUGAACGCCUGCCCUCAGAAUCCCCCACCUGCCUAGGGUGGGGCCAUGGGGGAGGCUGGUCCUCCAUUCUCGGGGACUGGGGGACCCCCCUUCUGGUUGAGAAGGCCACAGGUGUCCCCCCCACCCCUGGCACAGCAGGGCACCACCCAGACCACCCUGGCCUGAGGAGGAGGUUUGGCAGCCACUUGGUAGGAGGGCCUGUGAUGGCCCUUUUGUGCAGAAGGCCUGGUAAAGCUUGGGGUUCACUGUGUCACCUGCCAGAAGGUGGCCAUCAAGAUCGUCAACCGGGAGAAGCUCAGCGAGUCUGUGCUGAUGAAGGUGGAGCGGGAGAUCGCGAUCCUGAAGCUCAUCGAGCACCCCCACGUCCUAAAGCUGCACGACGUUUAUGAAAACAAAAAAUAUUUGUACCUGGUGCUAGAACACGUGUCAGGUGGUGAGCUUUUCGACUACCUGGUGAAGAAGGGGAGGCUGACGCCUAAGGAGGCUCGUAAGUUCUUCCGGCAGAUCAUCUCCGCGCUGGACUUCUGCCACAGCCACUCCAUAUGCCACAGGGAUCUGAAACCUGAAAACCUCCUGCUGGACGAGAAGAACAACAUCCGGAUCGCAGACUUCGGCAUGGCAUCCCUGCAGGUUGGCGACAGCCUGUUGGAGACCAGCUGCGGGUCCCCCCACUACGCCUGCCCCGAGGUGAUCCGGGGGGAGAAGUACGACGGCCGGAAGGCGGACGUGUGGAGCUGCGGCGUCAUCCUGUUCGCCUUGCUAGUGGGGGCUCUGCCCUUCGACGACGACAACCUGCGGCAGCUGCUGGAGAAGGUGAAGCGGGGCGUGUUCCACAUGCCGCACUUCAUUCCGCCCGACUGCCAGAGCCUGCUGCGGGGCAUGAUUGAGGUGGACGCCGCACGCCGCCUCACGCUAGAGCACAUUCAGAAACACAUAUGGUAUAUAGGAGGCAAGAACGAGCCAGAGCCGGAGCAGCCCAUUCCUCGCAAGGUGCAGAUCCGCUCGCUGCCCAGCCUGGAGGACAUCGACCCUGACGUGCUGGACAGCAUGCACUCCCUGGGCUGCUUCCGAGACCGCAACAAGCUGCUGCAGGACCUGCUAUCCGAGGAGGAGAACCAGGAGAAGAUGAUUUACUUCCUCCUCCUGGACCGGAAAGAAAGGUACCCCAGCCAGGAGGACGAGGACCUGCCCCCCCGGAACGAGAUAGACCCUCCCCGGAAGCGUGUGGACUCCCCGAUGCUGAACCGGCACGGCAAGCGGCGGCCGGAGCGCAAGUCCAUGGAGGUGCUCAGCGUGACCGACGGCGGUUCCCCGGUGCCUGCGCGGCGAGCCAUUGAGAUGGCCCAGCACGGCCAGAGGUCUCGGUCCAUCAGCGGUGCCUCGUCAGGCCUUUCCACCAGCCCACUGAGCAGCCCCCGGGUGACCCCUCACCCCUCACCAAGGGGCAGUCCCCUCCCCACCCCCAAGGGGACGCCUGUCCACACGCCAAAGGAGAGCCCGGCCGGCACGCCCAACCCCACGCCACCGUCCAGCCCCAGCGUCGGAGGGGUGCCCUGGAGGGCGCGGCUCAACUCCAUCAAGAACAGUUUUCUGGGCUCACCCCGCUUCCACCGCCGGAAACUGCAAGUUCCGACGCCAGAGGAGAUGUCCAACCUGACCCCAGAGUCGUCUCCAGAGCUGGCCAAGAAGUCCUGGUUUGGGAACUUCAUCAGCCUGGAGAAGGAGGAGCAGAUCUUCGUGGUCAUCAAAGACAAGCCUCUGAGCUCCAUCAAGGCUGACAUCGUGCACGCCUUCCUGUCGAUCCCCAGCCUCAGCCACAGUGUCAUCUCCCAGACCAGCUUCCGGGCCGAGUACAAGGCCACAGGGGGGCCAGCCGUGUUCCAGAAGCCCGUCAAGUUCCAGGUGGAUAUCACCUACACGGAGGGAGGGGAGGCGCAGAAGGAGAACGGCAUCUACUCGGUCACCUUCACCCUGCUCUCAGGCCCCAGCCGCCGCUUCAAGAGGGUGGUGGAGACCAUCCAGGCCCAGCUGCUGAGCACACACGACCCGCCCGCGGCCCAGCACUUGUCAGAACCCCCCCCACCAGCGCCAGGACUAAGCUGGGGUGCUGGGCUUAAGGGCCAGAAGGUGGCCACCAGCUACGAGAGUAGCCUCUGACGCUGGCAGGAAUUAUCCCGAAAAGUUAACAUGUCACCUCCACGAGGCCAUCCUCUGUGACCGAAGGCAGCUGCUGCGGACCCGCCCUCCCUCCGCUCCUGCUGUUGCUGCCAGGCAGCGAGGCCCAGCCCAGCGCCCCGUCCACCCCGCGGCAGCUCCUCGCCUCAGCUCCGCACGGCCCGUGGGAGGAGGGCCAGGCUCGGGGGAGCCCCCUCCAGCCCGGCCGACCCGGACUCCCGGUCACCUGACCCCUCGGCAAGAACAGCCUGCCCGACGGCCUUCUGGGGCCGGGACCCCCGGUGGGCAAAGUAGCCACAGGAACAGACCCCGUCCACCCCCUCCACGCCGCGCCCGGAGGCCGCCUCUCGCCUCGCAGGCCCAUGCCCCGCCUCCCUGGCCGUGCCGCCUCCGCCUCCGUGUAGUCUUGGCCUCCUCAGGCUGCCUCCCGUCCUCGCGUCUCACCUGCGCCUCCCUUGCCUUAUCUGGGGCGGCUGUGGGCUCUGGCGCUCCUCCCUGGCUGAGGUGGAAACAGAGACCCUGGGGCGCCAGAGCCUUCCCAGCAGGCCAGGCCGCUGGGCUGGGAUCAGUGUUAUUUAUUUGCUGUUUUAAUUUAUGGAUUCUCUACACCUCUGUUCAGGGACGGGCGGCGGCCGCAUCCCCUGCCGUCUGCCCGUCUCGGGCGGGCUGGGGUCUGGGGCCAGGGCGCCCUCUGAGGACAGAGCUGGUGGGGCUCGGGGCAGCUGGCGAGCUACUGUAAACUUUAAAGAAUUCCUGCAAGAUAUUUUUAUAAACUUUUUUUUCUUGGUGGUUUUUGGAAAAGGGUGUGGGGGUGGGGGCGCCGCUGGGACAGGGCCAGGUUUUGUGUUUCAGUCCCUUGCUCCCGGUUCUUUCUACACACACAUCUAAGAUGAUGCGGUUCGCUCUGUCAUGGGUUCCGUUUCUCUGUGGAGCAGCAGCUCCACCUGUGGGGGCUCGGGGCAGAGGGGCAGCGUCUCGUAGCGGACGGCAGCGCCAGCGCCCCUCUGUCAAGACCCAGGCUGGGGCAAUCUUGGUUUUUGUGUCCAAGGGUGAAGGGGUAGGAGGAAGGCCCCCAGCUGGCCCUCCCCACACACAGGACAGCAGGGGCACGUGGGGCUUUUCUUAUUAAAAUUUUAAAAAGUUGAAAAAAAAAAAAAGGACAGAAAGAGUCGGUGGCGCUCCUUCGCUGGGCGUUCUGUGCAGAGCAAGGCCCAGGGCGUGGCUUGGAGGGGGCUGCAGGCCCCCCUGCCCAGUGCCCACCGCCGUGCUUCACCCCAGCUCCAGCUUCUGUGUUCCCUUCUGCCCAUGUGCCCGGCCCUCCCAGGCGGGCACAGCCUGGAUGCAGCGGCCAUGGGGGGCGGCGGGUCUGAUGCAUGCCUCUGCCGUGGAGUCUGUCUGCUUCAGUGCCUGCCCCUGCCUCCCACCCACCUCGUGUAUACAUUUUAACGCUUCUGUUGACAUGAGACCUCUGCCACAGGCUGGGAUUUCUAUACGUAAGAACAAAAGCAAACACCUAGGACAGCAAACGCCAGGCGGUCCAGGCGGGAAGGGGCUCUCCACGGAGAUCGAGGACAUGAAGCAAAAUGCCUCUUGCUCGCCUUCCCCUCUUGUGCUUCGGACACGCGCGGACUCCAGCAGGCGCCACGGAAGUGGGCGAGCCCCUGCAGUGUACCCCUGUCCUAACUGUGAGCGACUGCAGCUCGGAACAAUAAAUCCCUUCCGCAAA